CACUUACUAUAUGUUAUAUCAAUUCAAAAUUUGUGCAAUGAACUUAAUCUUUCUAAAAUUGCAUAUCCUGAACUUGAUAAUAAUUAUCCUGAUAAAGAGGAGUGGCAAAGUAUUAAUAAUAUAAUUUUUUUGCUAGAACCAAUGCUUCAUGCAACAGAAAUUCUUUCAAUAAGUUUAUUUCCAACUAUUACUGAU